AUGGUGUUGUUGGGCUCAACAGCGCUCCAUGACUCAACCGCGCGAUCGAAUGCGGAAAAGGUUGCUCUAGAGCUGUCAAGAUUGUAUUCUACGACACGAGGCGAGAUCGACAGGUUACAGGGCCGCGUUACUUCGUCCGAUACUCCGUCCGAUACUCCCAAUGCUCAUUUUUCGGAUACUGUCCUCCCAACUAUAGCCCAGCUGGGGCUUUUCCAUGCCGGCUGUGCCGCUGCCUUUGUCACCCUGAUUCACAAUGAGAAAACAAAUAUCAUAGCUCGAGCGACAGCUUCUCGCUCGUCAAGUGGCCAAUAUAAGAUCGAAAAUGGUGAUAUGGGGGUUGGAACUCUGGGCUUAGAAGUGGAUGGACAUCGUGGACGUGGCACAUCGGAUAUUUCAUCGAAUGGUUCAUCUCGCAUAAUUCAUGACCUAGCCGCUGAGAAUAACCUCAAAAAGCACUCAUUCGUCGUUCGGUUCCCAGAAACGCGGCUUUAUGCGGAAAUGCCCUUAUAUAGUUCUCGCUGGGGCACCUUUGGCACGUACUGCGUUGUAGACGACAAACCUCGGGCGGUGUUUAACGGUAGCAAUGUCACUAAUCUACGAGUGGUUGCGGACGCAGUUGUGCAUCAUCUCGAAAAUAUCUACGAUCUACACUGUCAACGAAAGUUGAAUAGUUUACUAAGUACACUUAUGACAGUUAAAGGCCUACCAAAUGUGGAGGGUCGUGAGCGCAUCGCUCCAAAAAAGCAACGACCAGCAGCGGAGAAUACUUUGCGCCAGAGUCCUGAGUUUUAUCGUUCUGAUCCCCCCCUUAAUGCAUCGAAUAAAAGCCGUGAUACUUCGCCCAUCUCAGCGAGGCUGCAAGCCAGGGAUGAGGCACAGUCGUCUCCAUUUUUCCCGAUUAUCGAGCCUCCCACCCCCCCGUCCCGCGAGAAACAUCAAACUCAUCUACGAAAGUGCUCUGAUGACUCGUCUCACCUAGUAACUGUACCAGAGAAGGUCACCCCUUCUCCCCUUACAUCGUUGCUCUUCUCCCGAGCCAGCUCGCUGCUACAAGAGUGCAUGGGCUUGGACGGCGUUCUGUUUUUAGAUGCCGCCCAAAGCAACCCCCGAAGCCUUUCACAUACCACUGCCAGUGCCAGUGACUGGGAUGCGCUCUCCAAGGAUUCCGACGUCAGCACUAUGGCGCAUUCUCCUGGAGCCUUUUCACCUGGUGUAUCAUCGCAAGGCGCAUGCCCAGAAAAGUUGUGCGAACCUUUGGCAAUGUCCAUUGCGGAGUCGGCGCACGAGAGUGGCCGAAUUUUCAGACUCGCUCUCAACGAAGGAUUGUUGCGUGAUAUGUUGGUCUCGUUUCCGCAAGGGGAGAUAUUCUAUCCGGAACAUCCGGGCGGGUGCCCUCCUAACGGCAGUACCAAGCACUGGAGUAGCGCUAAUGGGCAGCAACGUGCCCUAUACUUCGCCACCAAUUCUCGUCUGGCACAAGCGUUCCCCGGCGCCAACUCCUUAGUCUUCUGUCCUAUAUGGAAUUGGGAUAAGUCCUGCUGGCUUACUGCGAUUGUGGCUUGGACGGGCAAUAAUCAACAAUUGUUUGGACAGGAGGAUCUGUAUUAUUUGAAGGUUUUUGGCGACGUGGUAGCCUCGGAGUAUUUCCAAAUUGGAUGGACAGCCACUGAAAAGUCUAAGUCGGAUUUGCUCUCCAGUGUCAGUCAUGAGCUGCGUUCGCCGCUCCAUGGUAUGCUGGCGAGCACCGAGCUGUUGCAGACCACGCCGCUAGAGCGACCCCAGAAAGAUAUCGUCAAAAUGAUCGAAACAUGUGGUAUGACUCUACUGGAUACAAUGAACCACCUACUCGAUUUCACCAAAAUCAAUAAUUUGACUAAUAUAUCUCAUCUAAACAAGACGAAAGACAGCCAGCAGGAAGUCGAACUUGAUCACUUGGUAUCGAGGUUUGAGAUGGACGUUCUGGUUGAGGACGUUGCGGAGGCUUUGUACUCUAGUCAUCGGACACGCACUAAUGCUUCGAAAAUCGCCAGUCGCUAUGUGAGCAGCACAGUUGCUGGCAAUGAGCCAGCUGGUCUAGGUACGGAAGGGUCGGAUGGGUCGGACGAUUUGAUGGUUGUCGUCCGCAUUGAAGAACAGCCAUCAUGGACGAUCAAUUCGAUUUCCGGGGGCUGGAGGAGAGUCGUCAUGAACCUACUGGGCAAUGCGUUUAAAUUCACGCGGUCGGGGCUCAUUGAGGUUUCCUUGUCGCAGCGCGUGGAAAGAUCGGCUGGCUCGAAGACCGUAUAUGCGCACAUCUCGAUCACCGAUACUGGAUGUGGAAUUUCGCGCGACUUUCUGGAACAGAAGCUUUUCAAACCCUUCACACAGGAGGAUGUUCUCACCGAAGGGGUUGGACUCGGGCUGAGUGUCGUGCGAGAGAUUGUGACCUAUCUUGGUGGCACGGUCGAUUUGAAAAGCGAGGUUGGCAAGGGGACCCAAGUUGAUGUGUUCAUCCCCGUGGAAUUCCUUCCGGAUCCAUCCACUCCGCGCGCCAUGAUCCCAGGACGAGAUGUUCCAGGUGCGAGGACCGUGAAGCGGGUCAGCCUAAUCGGCAUGGAUGCUUACGCUAGCUUGUAUGGCGCACCGGCUAAACAGCUGAGUACAAAUGCGAAGCGUAAACUGGCUAUUCGCUGUGCGCUGAGCAACGUGCUGUUGAGCCAGCCAGGGUGGACGGUUUCGUUUGCAGAGUCCCUUGACAAGUCGUCCGGGGAUAUUGGAGUCAUCGAGGAAUCGACAUUGAAGAAGAUCGCCGGAACUGGUUCCAUCGAGACCAAGUUCAAAACAAUUCUUGUUUUAGGGGAACAAGGCGUAUCUCUUCCAGGAAACUUUGCUAUCAAAGGCGCCGAUGUGAUUUAUUUAUCGCAGCCACUUGGACCACGCAAGAUUACUGAGGCAUUGCAGCGGUCUGCACAUUCUCACUGCGAAGCCCUCCCUUACGCGGAGAGUCCCAUCUCUGGUCCGUUCUCCGGGAUUCCCAACCGCGGGCGAUCAUUGUCCGAAGCCUUUGCGCUCGCCAAGGGCACCGAGUCGCCACCGGUUGCGAAGGAGAACGUGUCCGAGUAUUCCCCUCCUUCGCCGCAGAUACCGCCCCGCAAAGAUAUGCGUGUUCUGAUUGUAGACGACAACGAUAUUAACCUCAAGAUAUUGUCCACGUUCAUGCGAAAAAUUGGCUGUACCUACGAAACUGCCAGCAAUGGGCUAGCCGCAUUGGAACAGUACAAAAGUUCGGGAGGUAGAUUUGAAUAUGUGUUAAUGGACAUUUCCAUGCCCAUUAUGGACGGGAUUGUUUCCUCGCGUAAAAUCCGCGAAUACGAGGAACUCCAUUCUAUACCACGCGCCGCCAUCAUGGCCGUCACUGGGGUGGCCUCGAGCAGUAUGCAACAACAGGCGUUUGCGGCCGGGAUAGACGAUUACCUGAUCAAGCCACUGUCCCUUCACGAUUUGAAACGAAUUAUGAAUAUACCAUAA